CAGAUGACCAACUUCCCGUUAGCAACCUGGCCUGGCGUAACGGUUCCUAUGCAGGAUUUGUUGACGUUGCAGUACUCACCGUUUCUGUAUGUAGCUUAUACAAUUAAUUAUCAUUUUUACCGAAAGCAUUUACUACGAUUAAAUAACAAUUAUCGUGAAAAGUGCUUUAAGAAGGAUUACCGUAAUUCGCCAAAUAGCUAACGUUAGACGAAAUUUUCCGUCUUUUUAGGCGAUUUUGCAUUCUCGUAACUGUCAAUAUUAGAUAUUUUUGGGGGAUUCAGCUAACGCAGUUUUCAAGAUGAGCGAACAACUGAAGUUUAUCGUUGAGCAGCUGAACAGAGAGCCUUUCAAGAAAAAUUUCAAUCUUAUUACGUUUGACUCGCUGGAGCCGAUGCAGUUACUGCAGAUUUUAAAUGAUGUUCUGUCUGAAAUCGAUCCAAAGCAAGCAAUUGAUAUACGUGAGGAGAUGCCUGAGCAGACAGCCAAGAGAAUGUUCACUCUUCUGGGGAUGCUGAAAUACAAACCUCCUGGAGGCAUUUCUGAAGUAAGCAGUUUUCGGCAGGGUUUAGUGAUAGGCAGUAAACCAGCAGUGCACCCCAUCCUACACUGGCUGCUACAGAGGAUUCCCGAGCUGAAAAAAAGGGCAUACCUCGCUCGCUUCCUAGUCAAACUUGAGGUGCCUGCUGAGUUUAUUCAGGAUGAUGUCAUCGCUGAGACCUACCACCAGUAUGAGGAACUUGUGGAGGCAUUCAAGAAUAUCCACAAAGAGUGUGAACAGCUGAAGAGCUCAGGUUUCUCCACAGCUGAGAUCCGCCGGGACAUUGGGACUAUGGAGGAAGAGAAAGACCAACUCAUUAAACGGGUGGAACGUCUUAGGAAGAGGGUGGAGGCGGUGUCAAACCACCAGCGCAUGCUGGAGCUGGCCAGACAGUUAAGAGUGGAAAAGGAGAGAGAACAAUCUCUAGCUCACCAGAAACAGGAGCAGAAGAAUCAGCUCUUUCAGGCAGAGCAGAGACUGCAGAGAUCUCAGCUCCAGCUCAAAGACUUGCAGCAGGCGGCCGCAGAUGCAAAGCCAGAAAGCCUAAUGAAGAGACUUGAAGAGGACAUCAAGUUCAACUCGUACAUGGUGUCCGAGAAGCUGCCCAGAGAGGUGGAGAACAUGAGAAAGGUGGUAAAGUACUUACAGAAGGUGGCAUCUGAACCAGCGAUGGGCCAAGCAGAACUGAGAGAGCUGGAGGGGAAGAUCAAAGAAACCAACACUGAGAUCAACCAGCUCAUUGAGAAAAGAAUGGUGCGGAACGACCCCAUGGAUGAUAAACUCUCUCUCUUCAGACAGCAGGCUGCUAUUAUAGUCCGUAAGAAGGAGAGCAAAGUGGAGGAGUUGCAGGAGGCACGUGAGGAGCUGGCAGCUGUGGAGAGAGAACUGAACAUGAAGAGCAGUCAGGCUCAAGAACAGGGUGGAGCGGAGCUAAUCCGUGGAGAUGAGUUUAAGCGGUAUGUGGCUAAGAUGCGAGGAAAGAACAGCACUUACAAGAAGAAACGUCAGGAGAUGGCUGAGCUGAAUGCGGAGUAUGGUGUUCUCCAGCGGACUGAGGAGAUCCUGAAAGAACGACACACAACUGGACAACAGCAGCUGCAAUCUCUGGAGGCCCAGCAGGGGAUCUCGGGAUACAGCGAUACUCAGGAAGAACUGGAGAGAGUUUCAGCUAUCAAGAGCGAGCUGGAUGAGAUGAAGGGACGGACGCUGGACGACAUGUCUGAAAUGGUAAAGAAGCUAAAUUCAGUAAUCGCAGAAAAGAAGUCUGCACUAUCUCCUCUGAUAAAGGACUUGAGAGCUUUGAGACAGCAACACGCGGAACUCGCUCCAGAGUACGAGCAGAAAAAGGCUCAGUAUGACAACUGUGCCGCAGGAUUGGAGAGCAACAGGUCUAAGUUGGAACAGGAAGUCAGGACUCUCCGGGAGGAGGUGGCACAGGAGGAAAGCCGAUAUCAUUACCUUAACUGCACGAAAGAGAUUACUGAGAGUCAGAUUGAGAGAGCAGCCAAUCAGAGUGAGAUCAAUCAAUCGAUGGACCUGCAGGUGCGGAGGACGGCUCUCAGGGAGAAGUACAUUACACACACAGCAGAACAGGAUUCCUUGGGCAAGGUUCUGCGUCAGCAAGUGAAGCAGGUGCGAGAGAACCAGGAGUCCAAUAUGAAACAGAUGAAGAUGUGGAAGGACCUGGAGAAGCUGUUGGAGUGUAAGAAACAGUGCUACCUCAAGGCUCAGAGCCAAGCGCCUAUUGGACACAUCAUCCAGGAUGUUGGCAAGGAUAUGCUGGUUCUGUAAAGCUAUUUGUCUAGUAAAAGUGAUUUAAUAGAACCUUGCGAUUUCAGUCGUUCGACACUGUAUAUAUGCAUUAAUGGUCAUUAAGAUACAUAUUUUUAUUGCAUAUUUAACCGUCUGUGUUUGAUCCGCAGAAAAAACUUGAUAAUUUUGUAUCCUUCUCUUCAAGUUUUUGUAUUUACUAUAUUCCAAUUAACAAAUAUGCAGUCUAGUAUUGAGAUACAGGAAAGAUAACCUCAGAGUAGUCUAGGUAUAAGGGGUUAAAUCUCUCAGGCCCACUAACUUCAACAAGUUCAUAUUAUUGGUUUUGACACGUCUGUUUGUCUAAAGAUAACGCCUUACAAAGUGUUACACUUUGGAUGCACCCGCUGCAAGUUAUUUUGGGAAACAACAGACAUGACAUUGAACAAAAGUGCUGUCCAUUUUAGGAAUUCGACUGGAUCUCCUUUUCUUUCACCGGUCAGCGUAGAGCUUCAGAAGUAAACCUGACCGGCCUCUCUUUCGACAGUUUUGUGAUCUGUGACCUUUGUUUAAUUUUAUUACUGUUUUUUUUUCUUAUCUUUUCUACUGUGAUGAAAAAGAGCAACGACUAUGAGUUUACUACCCAAAGUUCAGUUUUGCUGAGUUUGUUACUGUUCUUACAUGAAGCUUAUAUUAAUGAUUAUUUGUUAUUGAAUAUACAAUAAAUAAUACACUGUUAUAAAUGUU